GGGUAGUCAUCCUAGAAUCAUAAUAUUUUUCAGUUGUUUUCUUUCUGCAUAUAAGAAUAAAAUAAAAAUGGCUCAAAUUUCCCAAGUGUCUGCUGAUGUUCAAAUUAAAUGUGGUGCUGAGAAGUUCUAUGGUUUUUUUAGGAAAAAUAUGUUCCAAUUGGCCCAAAUGUUUCCCAAAAACCUUCAUGCUUGUGAAUUCCUUGAAGGAAAUGACUUUACUACCGGCGCUCUCAUGCAGUGGUCUUAUGAUAUUGUUGGCCCUGCAAAAGUGAAGGCAAAAGUGGAUGAUGUGGAUGAACAAAACAAGUCAAUCACAUACGAAGCUGUUGAAGGAGAUAUACUAAGCCACUACAACUUUUUCAGAGCCAAGUUCCAAGCCUCCCCCAAUGGAGAAAGCGGCAGCGCCACCGUGAAGUGGACGAUCGAGUUCGAGAAGGCAGACGAGAACAUCCCUACCCCGGAAGCUUACCUGGACUUUGUUUCUAAGCUCUCAUUGGGACUUGAUGCUUACCUUGCUACCAACUAAAUAAUCAAAUACCCACUACAACUUGAUGCUUACCUUUCCUUGGAGAUGCUGCAAUGUUAUUAAGUAUUAUUAUGAAUGUAUUUGGACUUUAAUAAAAAGGGGCAAUUGUUAGAUGGCCGUUGCUUUCCCAUUCUAAGUAAUAUGUAUUCUACUGUUCUAUCUUUGUUGCGAUUAUUUACUGCAAAUUCCAC